UUAUAUUAUAGUCAGUAUAGAGACGCACGCAUCAGGUGUAACACAUUGCAUGACAUUGCAGCUGCCGCUGGGCCCGUAGAAAAGCGGCUCGGUGUGCCAAUAAAGGCCGAAGAUGACUGUAACCCGAAUAUCGGCGCGCUGAACUUCUCGACGGACGCCACCGACUGUCAGGUGUUCUACAUCUGUGACCACGGCUGGCCGAAGAUACGUAGAUGCCCGGGCAACACGAUUUGGACGCCAGCCAUCGAGAGAUGCGAUGACCAGUGCCUCGCCGUCAAUGACGACUGCAGCUACGUGAGGGACGAGGAAGCCUGCCUGGAACUGUUCACGGAGACUCCUUCCGGCAUUAUUGGAAGAGUCUGCGGCGACCCUGCAUCGCUGUGCAACGGCCUCGAGGAAUGCGAGGACGGGUCCGAUGAGGCAAACUGCGCGCCGGAGUGCGACGAUUCGUGCGCAUUGCCCGGCUGCAAGUGCAGCGGUGUCGAGACUCCAGGAGGACUUGCGGCGUCUGAAAUCCCACAGAUGGUUCUGCUCAGCAUGGACGAGGCCCUGCGCGUGGAGGAUUACAACCAUCUCGUCCAGCAGAUGCUGAAGAAGAUCGGUGCUGACAGAAGGAGAGAGCCGAGGACCAACCCUGACGGCUGUCCAGCUGUGGCCACAUUCUUCACCAGUCAUCAGUUCACCGACUAUGCCGCUGUGCAGAGCCUGUACUCUGAGGGCAACGAGAUUGCUGCCCACUCCAUCACCAAGAGACUUCCCGCUGAAUUCUGGAGAGAUGCCAGCGACGCUGACUACGUGGCUGAGUUCGCCGACCAGCGCACCUUGUUCAGGGAGUUGGCCGGUAUUCCCGACGAUCGUAUCCGCGGCAUGCGCGCUGCCUACCUGCAGACGAGCGGCAACGACAUGAUCAACAUGGCCAAGAGCAACGGCUUCGCCUGGGACUCCUCCUACCCGACGGCCAUCAUCAACCCUCCUCUGUGGCCGUACACAUUCGACUACAAGACCACGGCUGGCUGCGCGAUCGCGCCUUGCCCAACAGCACCGAUCUCCGGACUCUGGGAAAUCCCACUGAUUGACUGGUUCGACACCAACGACACUCUGUGUGCCAACGUUGACAGCUGCUACUUCCCCAACGAUAAGGAAGAGGCGCUAGUGUUGCUGAGAUCUAACUUCGCCCGUCACUACGAGACCAACAGGGCGCCCUUCACCUUGAACCUCCGUGCCAGAUGGUUCCUCAACGACGCCUACUACAACAUGGAGGCCCUUCAAGAGUUCCUGGACGAGAUCCAGGGCAACUCAGACGUCUUCAUGGUCACUUACAGCCAGGCGCUCAACUGGAUUCAGAAUCCCGCCCCGCUCUCAAACCUCGGCGACGUAUUCGCCUGUGACUACAGUGACCGCACCCCACUCUGCGAGCACCCCAACCUCUGCGGAUACCUGAAUAUCACCUACGCCCCCAACGACGAGGACCAUCCAGGAGAUAGGUUCUUCCAGACCUGUGCCGAGUGCCCAGAGGUUUACCCGUGGGUGAACAACCCAUCGGGAAUCGCUGAGCCAUAAGUCAGUGCUCGCGGUGCGCCAGUGAUAAAUUAUUAACAGAUAUAGUAGCAUAUACAAGUGAAUCCACUUACGAACCAAAUCCGCAUAGCGCGUGCGCAUGCGGAGCUAGGAUUGUUAUGGCCAGGUUGAGUAUUUGCCGAAUGACGCUACUGACGCGUAGAAUGGGUUCCCGUGUCGGCUAGGCGAGCACGCGAUACAUUCGUAUAGAUUAUAUAGGUUCAGCGAUCUUAACCGUGUCGCUAUAGAGUAGCAUUUACAAAUGAGUCCGCUGUGGUGCAUGAGUCUUCUUUUCGAGUACUUGGGUUGAAUACUAUAAUCGCUAGCUGGUAGAGCACAAAUUGGCACGCUUACAUGCAGUACUAGCACAUUGACAAUGCAAUGUUCCACCCGUAAAUUUUCUGGUAUUUUCUACAUAAAGACUGGGUACUUUCACGUAAUGGUCAAAUAUCCGUAGCGCACAAUUUCCAUCGUUAGUUUGCAGUGGCAUUCUCUAACGCACACCUCUUAUAGUGCUUGUAAUGCGAUUAUAUACCAUUUGAUAGUAAACUAUGGCUAAUAUGACAAUGUUCAAGACAAACGAAAUCACUAUACAGGCAGUGGUUGUAAUCGUAGAGCAAACGUGUAUGAUAUUGUAUAUUAUAUCCUUGCAAUUUUCUUGCAUACUUAUUGCAUUUUAUUGUAUUCCGGUAAAGGCAUAUGAUCUUAAAUUUGGUUGUAAUAAAUUGCAAUAAAAUAUCUGCAUAUAUACAAACUA